AUGGCGUCCAAAUCUUUCGAAUGGCGACCGGCAAAGCUGCUCCAGGACUAUAACAUAGGCCAGGACUUUGCGCUGCUCAUUCUAAACCAGCCGUUGAAGAACGGCGUCAAUUUGCGCAAGCUCUGGAAGAACUUGCCUAACGUCCAUUUCACAGCUUCUGUGAGAGUAGCCGCAGAUGGUGGAGCGAAUCGUCUACACAAGCUGUCGUCUUUCCACGGCAAAUAUUCUAACCUUCAACUCAUCAUUGGCGACCUCGAUUCUCUCACCCCACAAGUCCGCGAUUUCUACUCAUCGCAACCCUCCCCUGCGACCGUCAUCCACGACGCUGACCAAGAGUCGACCGACUUCGCAAAGGCUAUCAACUGGAUUCGCAAAGAAUACCCCGAAGGCAUCGACAUCGUCGCACUUGGGGGUAUCGGGGGCCGUGUCGACCAGGGUCUUUCUCAGCUUCACCACCUGUACCUUUUCCAAAACGACCCCGAUUAUGCGACAGGUCGACUCUUUCUUCUCUCCGGCUCAAGUUUGACAUUCCUGCUUAAGGCUGGCAGCCAUCAGAUCCAGGUCCGAGAGGAGGGAGAGGAAGAUGUCUUCGGCAAGCACGUUGGUAUCAUCCCUCUCAAAGAGGCUGCCAACAUUACGACAAAGGGUUUCGAGUGGGACGUCGAGAACUGGCAUUCUGAGAUCGGUGGCAAGCUGAGCACUAGCAAUCAUAUCCUGCCCGAGUCACAAGUCGUGUCAGUGACGACGGACAAGGAUGUACUGUUCACAGUAGCACUAAAAGAAGGUGACGGCGAUGACGAGUAG